AUGAGUGAUUUGACUCCGUUGUUCAGCCAAUGCGUUGAAAUUGUUUCCAAGGAGCUCAGUGGCUCCACUAGUGGACCGCCUAGUACAAAGCGUCCAUCCUACUUUGUCCAAGAUACUUUCAUCAAGGAAUGUCUUCAGCUUUACUCCAACUUAGUCAAUUUAGCAUCCUUUGUCACCAAGAUCCGACCGGUUUACUUGCAAGUUAAUGAUGAAUUCUCGAGGACUGACAAAAGCUCUUCCUACCUUGGUAUCGAAGAGAAGAAUAAAAUUGAUGAGGAGUUCAAGAUCAAGAUACAGCAAACAUUUGAGAAGUUGAAGUUCCUCCAGUCCUAUCAGCGCAAGCAGACAGAAUUGGCUGAAUCCAAGCAACUGAAAGGUGGCUUCAUGUCAUCGUUUUUUGGCACCUCUGAUAUGAAUCCAGAGACCCUUUAUGAUAUCACCAUUGCAUCACACAGAACACAGGUGUUGCGGUUUUUGAACGAAACCGCCGUCAAUGUGAAUCGCAAUUUUGAGCUGAUGCAAAGAAAAAGAUAUGAUCGAGAAAGGCAAUUGAAUCUCUUGCAUUUCCAAAAUAUUGAUGACGAUGAUUUGAAUGACACUGCUGAUCCAUUUAAGUCAACAUACCAAUUUGAUGUCGUGGCUGAGGAAAACGAAUAUAUAAACCGGGAAAUAUCACAACUCAGUCAGGAACAGAUCCAAGAACUCAAGGAAGAGAAUAAAGAGCUUCUCACACGGAAAACUAACCAGUUCAAGCUGGUGGAAAAACUUCAUCAUUCCAUUCUUGACAUCGUUAAGCUACUGUCUGAGUUGUCAACUCAUUUGGAAACGCAGGCCGAACAGAUCGACAAUCUACUCGACAAUCAGGAUCAGAUUGACAUUGACCUACGGUUGGGUAACAAGACUUUAACAAAAGCCACCAGCAGAAACAAGCGUGGUUCGAAUUUGAUUGUCACAACUUGCAUUGUCUUAGGGUGUCUCAUCCUCGUUCUAGAUUACAUUGUUUGGUAA